UUGUAACCACCCCAUUAACCACACAAUCAUGCAGUUCCGAUCCCACAAAUGGAACAACGGAGACUUUGGAAAUCUUAGCUACUGGUCUAGUAGUACGGCAUAAUAUAUCUGAAGCAAUGCAGCGCCUACUCCUUCUUGUUUCUCUAGCUUUCCUCUGCCAGUGGACAACCCUCAGCAUUGCUUUGGCCAAAAAGAUCGAUCCCGUACCGGUACAUGUUGCGAAGAAUCACGGCCGAGAGGAGACAUUCGAAUGCCAGCCGGAAUACUCCAGCUGCUACUUCCAGAAUUGCUGUGACAAUCUCGUCUGCUUCACCGACGGUAACCAAAACAACUAUCAUGCCUCGGCGUCGGCCAAGUUCAAAAGGAGCCGCAUUCGAAGUAACAGCACUUGCUAUUCGGAACGAUCUUUGGAUCUGCAUACCAAAACAGACGAAGAAAAGUUGGACCUCAUGCGACGAUUCUACGAAGAAUUGGUGCCAUACCACAGCCGCAAAUCCACAGAACAAAUCGAACGCAUGGUAGACCAUCAUCGAUCCUCAUUCCCAAAGUUGGUGGCCAGAUUGGAAAAGAGAUACAAAAUCACGUUUUUCUCCUCGUCACAACUUGCUGACACCAAGAUGCAUGAACUGUAAAGUAAAAUCAUAAUACUGUAUCUGCACAAAAAAGGCCACUUACUUCCUGUACGGCCGGUACCUAGAUAACCUGAAGCAUGCCAGUGCCUCUUAGCCAAUGUCGGCACAGGUGAUAUUGGUUUUUUGCUUGAUUCAAUUCAAUCAGUCCAUU